CCUCGCAAUGACAAGAGGGCCCAGCGAAAGGGGACCGCGUACAGGGAGUUCGGAUGAUUUCCUAGCAGGCAAUUUGUAAAAAAGGGUUUGAGCGCGUAUUUAUUGAUGUUACUCGUUAUUUGGAGUUACGCUGGAGUUACCUGGGCUGUGAUCGAUCGGAGAAGAAGCGAACCGAGUUACUCAUCACUUCAAGAAGUUGUUGCAUGAACCUGAGAGCGGGGCCGCAAUGAGUCGGAGAACACGACGCUGGAUUUUAAGAGUUUUACUGUGCCUAGGAAUUGUUUAUUUGAAAAUUGGUGGCUUCUCGUCGGUGGUGGCCCUAGGUGCGAGUAUAAUCUGUAACAAGAUCCCCGGUUUGGCUCCCAGACAGCGGAUUAUCUGCCAGAGUCGCCCCGAUGCCAUUAUCGUCAUCGGAGAGGGAGCCCAAAUGGGCAUCAACGAGUGUCAGUUUCAGUUCAAAAACGGCCGCUGGAACUGCUCUGCGCUUGGAGAGAGGACAGUCUUCGGAAAAGAGUUGAAAGUGGGCAGUAAAGAGGCUGCGUUCACCUAUGCCAUCAUUGCAGCAGGGGUGGCCCAUGCCAUUACUGCAGCCUGCACGCAGGGGAACCUGAGUGACUGCAGCUGUGACAAGGAGAAACAAGGCUUCUACACGAAAGGCCAAGGCUGGAAAUGGGGGGGCUGCUCGGCCGACAUCAGCUACGGCCUGGGCUUCUCCAAAGUAUUUGUGGAUGCCCGGGAGGUCAAACAGAACGCAAGAACGCUCAUGAACCUCCACAAUAACGAGGUGGGACGCAAGGUCCUGGAGAAGAACAUGCGACUGGAAUGCAAGUGUCAUGGUGUCUCAGGCUCCUGCACCACCAAAACCUGCUGGACUACACUUCCCAAGUUCCGCGAGCUCGGCUACAUUCUCAAGGAGAAGUAUGCCCAUGCGGUGCACGUGGAACCAGUCAAAGCCAGCCGCAACAAGCGCCCAAAAUUCCUCAAGAUCAAGAAGCCCUACUCUUACCGGAAGCCCAUGGAUACAGACCUCGUGUACAUAGACAAGUCUCCGAACUACUGUGAGGCAGACCCUGUGACGGGGAGCGUGGGGACGCAGGGCCGAGUGUGUAACAAGACUAUGAUGCAGCACAUCAGCGGCUGUGACUUGAUGUGCUGCGGCCGGGGAUACAACACACACCAAUACUCCCGCGUGUGGCAGUGUAACUGCAAGUUCCUGUGGUGCUGCUAUGUCAAGUGCAACACCUGCAGUGAGAGGACAGAGGUGUACACCUGCAAAUGAGAGUAUUUAUUGGAUGGUGUGUGUAUGCAAGUAUGCAAGUGUGUGCAUGU